CCCCACUAAAACCCUAACCCACACAAUGGCAGCGGCGGCGGCCGCCACCUCGCUGCUCCUCCGCCGCCACCGCAGGACCCCGGCCUCCCUCCCCCUCCUCCUCCGCGCCGCGAUCUGCUCCACCCGCCCACUCCCCCAACAUCCCGAGCUCUCCCCGCCCGCAUCCGACCCCGCCCCCGCCCCGCUCCCCCCGAACCCCACCUCCGGCAGCCCCUUCUACGCCGACAACUGGCGCAACCCCGCCGCCUCCAUCCCCGCCCCCGCCUCCUCCCCCAACCUCCCCGCCCUCAUCAACCCCGCCCCCCUCUCCGAGAACCACCUCCUGGCCGCCACCCUCGGCGCCGCCGACCUCAAGGAGCGGUUCGCCGAGUGGACGGCCCAGCAGAAGUGGGACGACCUGCGCCAGGUCUUCGAGUUCUGGGUCCGCUCCCUCGACGCCGCCACCGGCAAGCCCAACCGCCCCGACGCCGACCUCUUCAACCACUACCUCCGCGCCGGCCUCAUGGCCGGGGCCGCGCCGCACGAGAUGCUCGAUCUGGCUGACCAGAUGCGAGAGUUCAAGAUCACGCCCAACACCGCGUCAUUCAACCUCGUACUCAAGAGCAUGGUCAAGGCUCGCGAGGUCGAAGGGGGCGAGAGGCUCGUCGAGCGGAUGCUGCAAACAGGAAUUGUACCAGAUGAUGAAACCUACAAUCUGGUUGUAGAUCUGCUUAUUAAAGGCAACCGCGUUGACUCGGCUUUUAAAUAUUUGGAUAUUAUGCUUAAAUCAGGCUACGCGAUAUCUUCACCUGUUUACGCUGAGUAUGUCGGUGUAUGUGUAAGAUCUGGGAGAUUGGACACAUUGGCAUAUAUCAUUGAGAAGUGCAAGGGAACAGAUAAGAACAAAAUCUUAUGUCCACAAUGGGCCUGGUGCGUUGACAUUGCAGAAGCUGCUUUUGAAGCUAACAAUAGCAAGCUAGCUAUGUUUGGCUUGGAAUUUCUUGCGAGAUGGAUGGCACGUGGUGAGCGUGCUACACCCCCUGAUCACCUCUCAGUUGAUGAAGGUUUAGUACUCUCAGCUUUAUGUGCUGCUGGUAGAACCUGUAGCACUGACCUCUUGAAUGCUGCUUGGUCAAUAUUACGCAAGUCGUUGCGCCAGAAAAGGGCACCCAUGCCAGAGACUUAUCUUGCAAAGAUUUAUGCUCAUUCUUCAAUUGGUCAACUUCAGCGAGCUUUUGGAACUCUUCGUGAAUUUGAAAAUGCCUAUGGGAACUCUGCGAAUAUUGAUACAGAGCUCUUCUCACCGUUCACUUCCUUGAAACCACUUGUUGUUGCUUGCUGCAAGGAUGGUUUCACCACACUGGACACGGUUUAUGUUCAAUUGGAGAACCUUAGUUCUGCAGAUCCACCUUACAAAUCUGUUGCUGCUCUUAACUGUGUAAUACUAGGCUGUGCAAACAUUUGGGAUAUUGAGCGAGCAUAUGAAACUUUCGAGGCAAUGAAGGAAAAGUUUGGACUUACUCCUGACAUACAUUCGUAUAAUGCCCUGUUGCAUGCAUUCGGAAAGCUGAAAAAGACAGAGGAAGCGGUUAAUGUAUUCCAGCAUUUAACAAGCCUUGAUGUUAAGCCAAAUGCAACGACAUACUCUCUACUUGUCGACGCACAUCUUGUCAACCGAGAUCCAAAAGCUGCUCUUGCUGUUAUUGACGAAAUGGUCGAUGCGGGCUUCACCCCUACAAAGGAGACAGUUAAGAAGGUCCGAAGACGCUGCUCCCGUGAAUCAGACUUUGAUAGUGAGGAGAAACUGCAAGCCGGGUGUAAACAGUUGAAUUACCGACUGGGUGGUGAGGGCCGUAGGGAGUUGCUCUUUAAGAUUGAAUACAGUGCUGAGUACUGAAGCAUUGAUUUUGACGAUGCCGGUGUUCUUUCCGUCCUCUAGUAGGCAGAGCAUGUACUGUUUCCUGGUACUUGAAGAGCAUGGAGGCUGUAGUCUGUAAAUUAUACUUUGUAACGAUUUUCCUAAUUAUUCUUCACUAUCACAAGCAAUCCCUUUUUUUUCCUCCUGGAAAGUCUUGGCAAGAUUUAUGUUAGGAUGUCAGAAUAAGGUCUAAUACAUUUGUUUCUCUGCUCAAAGCACUAUCUUUUGCAAUCCGAGGUUGUUGUUACUUCUGCUUGGCAUGAUUGUUUUGGUCA